UCGAGCACCAUGUCCAUCCUGAAGAUUCAUGCCCAGGAGAUCUUAGAUUCUCGUGGCAACCCUACUUAGGUGGACCUCUACACUGACAAAGGUCUGUUCAGAGCAGCUGUACCCAGUGGCGCUUCCACUGGUAUCUAUGAAGCCGUGGAGCUCAGGGACAAUGACAAGUCACGCUACCUUGGGAAAGGUGUCUCACAAGCCGUGGACCACAUUAACUCUGCACUUGCACCUGCAAUCGUUGGUCAGGAUGUGUCUGUGGUUGAGCAGGAGAAAAUUGAUCUGAUCAUGCUKGACAUGGAUGGCACAGAGAACAAGUCCAAGUUUGGUGCCAACGCCAUCCUGGGUAUUUCCCUGGCGGUGUGUAAGGCUGGUGCAGCAGAGAAAGGUGUCCCCUUGUGUCACAUCGCUGAUCUUGCUGGGAACCCCGAGGUCAUCCUGCCUGUGCCGGCCUUUAACAUGAUCAAUGGUGGGUCUCACACAGGUAACAAGCUGGCCAUGCAGGAGUUCAUGAUCCUACCAGUGGGUGCCAGCACCUUCAAGGAGGCCAUGCGUAUCRGGGUUGAGGUCUACCACAACCUGAAGAACGUCAUAAAGAAUAAGUACGGCCAGGACGCCACCAAUGUGGGAGAUGAGGAUGGCUUCGCUCCCAACAUCCUGGAGAACAAGGAAGCUCUAGAGCUGAUCAAAGAGGCCAUCAGCAAAGCAGGAUACACCGAAGCGGUGGUGAUUGGCAUGGGUGUGGCAGCCUCUGAGUUCUACAGGGAUGGUAAAUAUGACUUGGACUUCAAGUCUCCUGAUGACCCAGAGCGUUACAUCACCCCUGAUGAGCUGGCUGACCUCUACAAGAGCUUCUGCAAGGAUUACCCAGUGGUGUCCAUUGAGGACCCUUUUGACCAGGACGACUGGGAGGCGUGGUUCAACUUCACCAGCAGCACGGAGAUCCAGGUGGUGGGUGAUGACCUAGUGACCAACCCCAAACGCAUCACCAAGGCCGUGGAGGACAAGGCCUGCAACUGCCUGCUGCUUAAAGUCAACCAGAUCGGCUCUGUGACGGAGUCUCUGGCUGUGUGCAAGAUGGCCCAGUCCAGUGGUUGGGGAGUGAUGGUCAGCCAUCGCUCUGGGGAGACUGAGGACACCUUCAUUGCUGAUCUGGUGGUGGGCCUGUGCACUGGACAGAUUAAGACUGGGGCUCCUUGCCGCUCUGAGCGUCUGGCCAAGUACAACCAGAUUCUCAGAAUUGAAGAGGAAUUGGGAGACAAGGCUGUCUUUGCUGGGAAGAACUUCAGGAACCCACUGGCUUAACUGAGUGCAAUGGACACAUACUCAUUGGCAUAUAGGCACACACUUGCACAUAACGGUUUAGCAAACAUUCCAAUGAUUACUUGCACACGCUGAAGAAGCUUACGGAACAAACGGAAAGUGUUACACACACGUCAAGGCAGCUAGAAAGGCACAUGUGAAGUUACACUCCAAGACCAUAGGUUUUGGUGACAUGCAUACAUUACCUACCCUAGUCUACAUACAUUCUGCUGCCCUAGAAUCACAAGGUGUCUGUGGAGACUAGUUACUUACAAUUCUGACACUUUUUGUUGGGGUGGUGGCACAUUUUGGUUAGUGUUGAGUUGCUAUUCUUCAUAUUUCAAUAGAGCAAAAUAACCAUUGGUUUGGGACAGUACAAAGGCUGUACCUAUGGCUAUAGAGGCAGUUGCAUAAACUCAUUUGUUUGGAACUGAACCAUUUCCCUGUUGUCAUUACUUUUUUGCAAGAUGUGUACAUUUUGAUUGUCAAGCAUAUGUAUUAUAAGGGUGACAGGUGUGACUAUUCUACCAUUGUUCUAUAAUUUAUUCUUGAAAUAUGUAUUCCUGGAAUAUUGGUCUGGGCUGGAUAAUGUAUCCAGGUGUGAACCUGUUCAGUAUUCUCGCGCUCUGAAUAAUGUCUGCGUUCGAAGCGGUUCUAUAUUUUGGUAUCGAUGCUCUCUGGGGCAUGGCUCUGUACACACUACAGUAGAUUAUCCUAUUAGCGACCGCGGCACAUGCUCCGUUAUAUCUACGGAGAGCGGAACUUUUAAUGCUGAGCGUGGGGCUGAGGUCAUUGCACAGUUUAGUGCUAGGGGGAAAAAAUCGUCUCUUAGCCUCCAUUUUGAGUAGUAUGGAAUAGCAUAGUUUGUAUCGACCACUACGCUGGCAGUGUCAACCUAAAAACGACACUAAGAGCCUCCGACAUGGACGACCUGUUCAGUCCGAGAAGGUAAUGGCGUUGCCUCGUACAUUUUUACAUUGUUUUAGACGCGAAUAUUUUAAAUGUCUGUGUUUACCUUGCCAUUUUUAUGACAUACUUGGAAUUGCAAUGGUCGCGAUGGCGUUAGCUCGAUCCAUGUAGCUAAAGCUAGCAAUCUAUCGUACGGAUAAAAUAUUUCAGUAUCUAGAUAUAUUUAAUUGAUCACGCGGUGCAUUGUGGAUUACUGUCAUCUGUGUCAAUUCAGCUGUCACAGAUUUGUUGUGGUUUCUGUCGAUUUUCACUUCGGCUCCCGGGAAAAGACUUAUGUCAAUACUCCAUUUUGCGAGACUGUCGGGCCACGUAAAUAGACAAUGACGAUGUGAGGAUGCUUAUUUUAAAUGUAAAGUAUGCGUUAUUAUACGCUUCAAAGCAACACGCAUCAGGCUAUGCUUAUUUUGUAAAAAGGCAAGUGUGAUAAGCAUUGCAAGUGGCUGGAGACAGGACUCGUUUAUGUAAUGUUUGGAGGGAACGUAAUAGCCGCAUUCAGAUUGGCUUUCACUGAUGGGUGGGAGGGAUUAAAGGAAACCGCUGUCCAAUUGAAAUGCAAGAUUAACCCAGUAAUAUGAAAUAUUUAGAUUAGGAUUAGGGAUUAAGAUUUUGCCUUGUGAUUUGUGUUAUAUGUUUAAUUCCUUUGCAUAUUGCAUGCACUAGUAUGUCAGAAAAAGGGAUGUAUCUAGCACUAGUUUUUUUCUGUUUUAGAACAGAACAUUAACAUUGCUAUAUGGUUAUAAACAUUACAAUGCAAUACAAUUUAACUGUCCAUAUGUUACAGCAAACAACAGAAAUUUGAUAGCACACAUCACACACAUUUGAGAGGAGCACAGGGUCAAGCUACAGUGCAGCGCCCCUGGAUGAAGAGCAUGUUGUGGGGUUAAGGGCCCUGCUCAAAGGCCCAACGGUAGGGGAUUGUUAAGAUGUGAACCCAGCAGCCCUUCAGUUGUCAGAUCAAAUCCCCUCUUCUAGCGCUCGGCUCGGGAUUCAAACAGUCAAGCUUUCUGCUAAUGCUCCAAUUCCUUAGCUGCUGGGCUACCUACCUGCCAUUACACUGUUCACUUGAUUGAUACUACAAUUGAUAAUGACAUUUUGUCAACAUGUGACUUGAAUAAAACAAUGAGUUUUUAAUGGUGAGCGAGCGUUACGCCUUUCAAUUUUCAAUGAUUCUCUAAUAAAAUGUUUCUUGAUUUUAGUUUUUAUUCUGUUCAAAUCAGUUGCAAAUAUAACAUAGAUACUAUGUACAAAAAACAAUAUAACAAUGUAAUAUCUAACUUUUUUGUUAUAACUGAAUUAUCCUUACUUCCAGGAGCCUGAACAGCACGCAGGGGGAGAUCAGAGUGGGAUCAAGUCAUCAGGCUAAGCUCCCUGAGCUGCAACCACGCCCUGUGUUUGGUGUUCAGACUCAG